CUCCACAUACCUCCGCACGUCAAAUCCUUAUUACCUGUUUACGUGACGCUGUCUUCCGCAAGUGCUGACGGGUGAUGUAGUCCCCUUUGUCUUUUGCUGCUAUAGUGGGCAGAGCCCCGCGCACUACCAUUCCCGUCAGCCACCUCGAGGUGGUCAGUGAAAUGUUCUUUGUUCUGGUGGUGAGUGCCUGCUAAUGGUUUGCGGUGGAGGUUCCUGUACCGCCUGCUCUUCCCCCUCCCUUAACCCCUGGACCUUCCUCAAUGACUGGCUGGAUUGUCCUACCCAUCAGCCUGACUGCAUUCUCCAUUUCAGGGAUAUGGAUUGUGUACGCAAUGGCUGUGAUGAACCACCACGUGUGUCCUGUGGAGAACUGGACAUACAAUGUGACGUGUUCCGAUGACAAUGCAAAGCAGGGGACACCCAAGACGUGCUGUACCCUGGAGGAUGUCCCACUUAUCAGUAAGUGCGGGACAUACCCACCCGAGAGCUGCCUCUUCAGUCUGAUCGGAAACGUCGGCGCUUUUAUGGUGGUGAUGAUCUGUUUGCUGAGAUACAGUCAGGUCAUCGAGCUCAGCCACAGCUCCUGGCUGAACACUGUUGCUCUGAUCUCUGGCUGCACCAACGCGGCGGGACUAGUCAUGGUGGGAAACUUCCAGGUGGAUAAUGCCAAGUCUCUACAUUAUAUUGGCGCAGGAGUGGCCUUCCCAGCCGGACUGUUGUUCGUAUGUCUUCACUGCAUCCUCACUUACCAUCUGGCUGCUAGUGCUCUAGACUAUUGGGUAGGACACCUGCGCGUAAGCCUGACCACUGUGGCCUUAAUAUCCCUUGUCCUGAGUGCUGUCUUCUUUUUCAUCCAUGAAAGCUUCCUCCUCCAACAUCUGGCUGCCAUCUGCGAGUGGGUUUUCGUCCUGGACAUAUUGGUCUUCUAUGGAACCUUUGCUUACGAGUUUGGUUCGGUUUCCACGGAUACAAUUAUGGUGGCCCUGCAGAGCUCGGCCGCUCGGAGUUGUAAGUCGCCGGGCAGCAGCAGCACCUCCACCCACCUCAAUUGUAACCCUGAGCGGAUUGCAAUGAUUUAAGAACGGUGUGGUAAUGGGCCGCUGACCCACCAGACCCAACACUCAGGAUUAUUUUUAAGACUUUUUAUUUUUUUUUAAUUUUUUU